GGAAGGCGGGGCAGGGGGGCCGCGGGCCGGGACGGACUGUGGGCCGGAAGUGAAGCGCCCGCGGCUGGGCGCGCAGGCCCCGCGCACUUCCGUCGGAGGGAACGGCCAUGGCGCACAUCACCAUCAACCAGUACCUGCAGCAGGUCUAUGAAGCCAUCGACAGCAGAGAUGGGGCAUCCUGUGCAGAGCUGGUGUCUUUCAAGCAUCCUCAUGUCGCCAACCCACGGCUCCAGAUGGCCUCCCCAGAAGAGAAGUGUCAGCAGGUUUUGGAACCCCCUUAUGACGAAAUGUUUGCUGCUCAUUUAAGAUGCACUUACGCGGUGGGGAACCACGACUUCAUCGAAGCGUACAAAUGCCAGACUGUCAUCGUCCAAUCGUUCCUGCGUGCAUUUCAAGCCCACAAAGAAGAAAACUGGGCUCUGCCCGUCAUGUAUGCCGUAGCACUCGACCUUCGAGUCUUCGCCAAUAACGCAGACCAGCAGCUGGUAAAGAAAGGGAAGAGCAAAGUCGGGGACAUGCUGGAAAAGGCAGCCGAGCUGCUGAUGAGCUGCUUCCGCGUCUGCGCCAGUGACACCCGGGCCGGCAUCGAGGACUCUAAGAAGUGGGGGAUGCUGUUCCUGGUGAACCAGCUAUUCAAGAUCUACUUUAAGAUCAACAAGCUACACCUGUGCAAGCCCCUCAUCAGAGCCAUCGACAGCUCGAACCUGAAAGAGGACUACAGCACUGCCCAGAGGGUGACGUUCAGGUACUACGUUGGGCGCAAGGCCAUGUUCGACAGCGACUUCAAGCAAGCGGAGGAGUACCUGUCCUUUGCCUUCGAGCACUGCCACCGCUCGAGUCAGAAGAACAAGAGGAUGAUUCUGAUAUAUUUGCUGCCAGUAAAAAUGCUGCUGGGUCACAUGCCGACCAUCGAGCUGUUGAGGAAGUAUCAUCUCAUGCAGUUUGCCGAGGUGACCAAAGCCGUCAGGUACCGUGUCCUUUUCCAUUUGGGGCUUUCAGACGCGGAGUUAAUUAUCAAAAGUCUCACACGUGUUGUGCGAGGGCUGGUCCUGGGCCUUGGUUUUCCUGACUGUGCAUGCACAUUUCUCCCCACACCCAGCGAAGGCAACCUUCUGCUCUUGAACGAGGCCUUGACGAAGCACGAGACCUUCUUUAUUCGCUGUGGCAUUUUCCUUAUCCUUGAAAAGCUGAAGAUCAUCACCUACAGGAAUCUUUUCAAGAAAGUGUAUCUGCUGCUCAGAACACACCAGUUGUCUCUAGAUGCCUUCCUGGUCGCCUUGAAGUUCAUGCAGGUGGAAGACGUGGACAUCGAUGAGGUCCAGUGCAUCCUGGCCAACCUGAUCUACAUGGGUCACAUCAAAGGCUACAUAUCACAUCAGCAUCAGAAGUUAGUUGUUAGCAAGCAGAACCCAUUCCCCCCACUGUCAACAGUGUGUUGACUGUGCACACACUCCGAGGACAGGACAGCCGUGUCUCCUCUAGCUUUUGUCUGCGUGGAUGGACUCGGUAUUGUCUGCAGCCAGACUCUGGGGCUCGUUUGCUGGCACACAUGACUCCUGGAAACCUCCAUGGUCACUCACAAGUCACAUCCGCCGUGCGGACAGCUGGAGCUCCCUCUUGAGAAAAUGGGCAUGUCCGUUCCUGUUGGAGCUGGGGAAGUGUCCAUGGAGGGCUCCGGCUCACUCUUCUUAAAAGCGUCUUCCUCAAUUUUUAUGUAACUUUUUCUGUAAAACGUCAUCCUGAAUUUAUACAGAUGGCAUAUUCUUUAUUUUAUCUUAGUAUUUUCAUUUGUUAAAUUAGAACAUUGUACAUGAUUA